UGUGUAACAGCGUCAGUGAGAGAUCAUCAUAAGUGUUCUGAAUGUGAUGUCCAAGUUACAGAAGACAACGAACAGUACAAGCAAUAUGUCCAGACUUUGGAGUUCCUUUUCCCCACAGUUGCUGUUGAUGACGAAGUUAAUACAGCUGGUCAAUCCCUUGAUCCAACUGAUGAGUCAGAAUCGCACAUAGUUAUAACUACACUAUCUGGAGAGUGCACUACGAUUGUUUACAAUCCUAACCAAACUAUUCUCAGUUUGAAAGAUAUUGUUGAGCAAGAAUUGAAAACUCCUUCCAACAAACAAAGCUUAUUGUACAACGACACUGAGCUAAAGGUACCUUUCAAGUUAGCCCAGCAUGCAUACUGCAUAGCCAUAGAUUGUUAUCCAUACUUUGUAGAACGGUUGCACUCGCUCAGUCAAUCAUGUAUUGAAACUUUUCAGACUCGUAACGUUAUUGAAGCGAUUGAUGCUUUAACUCGAAAAUGUAUGCAAAAUUUACUGCGUGGUUGUAACCAUUCUCUAAAGGGGCAGCAUCGAACUAUAUAUUUAACAUUUCUUAAAUAUUUACUACAAUUAUACCAUAAGCUCGAGUCGUAUAUAUGAGCUGAUAGCCGACGACGUGCGUAGCAUCGAGUCAGCUAUCAGCCAUAUACGACGAGAGCGAAUGGUAUAAUUGUUUUAUAAUAUAGUCUAAUAGCCAUUGACUGAAGCAAUAAUUAAUUAUCCUCUGCUACAAUUUCUUGACAAUUUGUUCGGCCAAAAACCGCUUGGCCUUGAAAAUUUGAAAUACUUUUGUUUUACAACACGAAGACGAAGUGAAGGAGAAAUGGUUUUAGAACCGGUAUAUCUCACAGAAAAGCUCAGAUAUAUUAUACAGAUGUUUGGUAGUAUAGUAAGUGCUUGUUGACUGCAAAUUCAUUUGUCUUUCGUUGCAAACUUUUCUGAACAAUUUAUGUUCUCAAUGAACAUGUUUUUUUUUCGCUGUUGUUUCGGUAUUAAUUCUUUAAUACGGCGAGUAAUUCAACCAAUCAGAUUGCAGAACAGCUCAUAUACGGUGAAUAACUAGAUACGGAUAAGAUAUUAACGAUUAUAAUAUGUAUAUAUAUACUUUUUCCAGCCAAGAGGACAGAACAACGAAGUUCACAAGUUGAAAGACUAUCAUGUUCAGCCCAACAGCACAAUAUAUUUGCUCGUCUUAUUGUAUGCAAUACCAGAUGGAUUUGAUCGUGUCAUUUUCGAUCUCUUCUGGGGAUAUCCAUACAGUGGCUGUGAUUACCUUGAUGCUUCUGUAUUACUCUACAGUGGCUCAAAGUUUAUAGAGGUGGUUGACUAUAGGCACAGAGCAAGUACAUCAUGUUCGGCAGUCAGACAUUCUGGCGAUGUAAUGGAUGAUGUCAAGCGAUUAGGCCAUCAUACCAUAAAUGUGUCAAUCAAAUCAAUACCAGCUCAUAUCAACAAGCUGGUGUUCACCUUGAGUGCGUGGAGUUCUCCAAAUAUAUCAAAAUAUCCCAAUCCAAGUCUACGAUUUUUCGAUGCGAAGUUUCCAAACAAACAGCUGUGUGACGAUAAAAUGAGCCAUGCUGCCCAUUCUCAAGCUAUCAUUAUGUGUUGUUUGACCAACAGGGGAAGUGGAUGGGAAGUGUUCAGUUUAAAAAAUCUCUCCGCUGGUAAUGCUGCGAAUUACGGUCCAUUGAAAAACAGUAUUGUGAAUCUUAUAAGAAAAGGUUACAUAUGA